AUGGCUUUGAAGUGCUAUGAUAUUGAUAUUGAUAAUAUUGAUGAGCCGAUCAACGGUAGUCGAAGAGGCUACGGGCUGAUUAACUCAUACCCAACCCCUAAACCAAUUAAGGCUGAUUUCAAUAACAAUGGCAGUAACAAGGCUUAUAGUGAUAUUAAGAAUAGUAGUAGUAAAGCUUACGAUCGUACUAAGAAUGUGAUAAAGACCUAUGAUAGUACUAAGCCUACUACUAAGACUUAUAAUAGUACUAAGAGCCCUUUUGAAGACAGUGCUAAAAACUUGUACGGCCACAGUACUAGUAAUACAUAUGAAGAUGGUACUAACAAUGCCUAUGGAAGACCUAUGGUCCAAAAAGAUGGCUUUAUACAAAGAUACGACAAUAGUAAAAUCUUGUUGGGAAGCCGCAGAGAUUUAAACUUAUCACCUAAAGCUAUGUUACCUAACAAUCGGGGUCCUAUUAUUUCUACCGUACUUACAAAGCCUACAGCUUCAGCCAAAACACGACCGUUAUCAGUUUACAGUCAUUGUUCAGCCGGCAACUCAAGCUCUUCUAGUCCAAACUCUUCCAACGAAGACUCACCUUACACUUCUUCUCAAGGCUCGGCUACAUAUACACCAGUCUUUAGCACUAAAAGUAAUACAAAUAUACUUGACAACAAGAUGACAAAGCUCACAAAGGCUACAAGUUUAUACGAUUCAAAGCCUACUCAGCCAAUUCGAUACUGUGGUACUGAUGCUAUUGUGGACCAUGAUGAUGUUUACAAUAUUAGUUACACACGAAACAGAAGCUUCAAAAAGGAUGUUAAAGUAGACGAAAGAGACAAGAUUGGAGUCCAAAAGUCCUUGGGUAACCAGAAGUCCUCUUACGAAUUACAAAACUCAAGUCAAAGCUCGCCAUAUAAAGCCAAGUCUUUCAAGUUUGAAGACGCUACAGCUUCUUAUGGCCCACAAUUCAUCAGCAGAGGUUCUACGGAAAGUAAUCAAGACAAUAGUUUUUCAGCUAACUUUAAUGGUGAUUCAGCUACAUUUAACAAAGCUUCGUCUUCUUUUAGCGGAACAUUGCCACAUCUCAUCAAUAGAGGUUCUACGGAAAGUAAUCAAGACAAGACUUCUUCAGCUUCUUCUAAUAGAACUUCAGCUACUUUUAAUGGAGCUUCAACCACUUUAAAGGGUACUUCAGCUACUUCUAAUGGAACAUUGUCACAUAAUAUCAAUGCAGGUUCUACGGAAAGCAAUCAAGACAAAAGUUUUUCAGCUACUUUUAAUGGGGCUUCAAUUACGUAUGGAUCUUCAACUACUUCUAAUGUAGCUCCAGGUUCUACGGAAAGUCAUCAAGACAAAACUUACUCAGCUAACUUCAAUAGAAUGCCAACCACGUUGAACAGAACAUUGCCAAGCCUUACCCCUACGAUUUCACCAAAGCUUAACGGUACAAACGGUACAAAAAACUGUGACAAAAAGCUGACAAAAUCAACAUCAAAUUUAGUUGAAGAAUCCACCCCUUCCUGGCCUUUCUCUAAAGCCAAGUUUUUGAGUUCACACCUAAACUUGAGCUCUAAUUUAGCUUCGAAUCAAUCUACGACUAGCAAAAAGUCAUUUUCUACCUUACCUCGGCUAGAUUCGACGUCUAAAGACAAUUUCAGCUCUUUUGCAUCAGAUUCUUCUAUCUUACGAGCUCAAGAAAAGCCUAGAAAAUCAUGGUACCAAUCGAAUUCUGACAAUCUUAAAGAAGAUUCUAACAAUCUUAGAGAAGAUUCUGGCCAAAACAGCACAAAAAAUCAGUUGCCGUUAGAUCAGUACAAGCCCAUAGCUUCUUACAGUGCCUCAAGUACCUUAAGCCCUAUACCGCCUAACGGAAAAGACGAAUAUAAACCUUCCAACACAUAUACCAAGCCCAAAACCUUAACCUACAAGCCUCAGUUUUUAAAAGAAGAUUUAUACAAGUCCAAGUGGAGCAAUGCUAAUACAAAGACAGAUAUAUCUACUGACUCUACAUCACUUUUCACCCUGCCCAAGCCGAUAAGCUUUACAGAUUCGUUAAGCUCAACGUCUUCAAAGGCUUCGAAGGCUUCUUAUAAGGGUCAUAACGAUGAUAUUACAUUGAAAAAUGAUGGUUUUUCGUUCAAAAAUGAUGGUUUAUUACCUAAAAAGUAUGAUAUUUCACCCAAGAAUGAAGGCUCUAUGACAAAAAAUGAUGAUUACUUCUCUUCAAAGUCAAUUUUUUCGACCGGUAAAGCACCUAACCUUUCAAAAAUAAAUUCAAAAAAUGACAACGACAACAACAAUAAUCAAGAACAACAAAACCAAUAUAUACCGGUCGAUUUUUCCAAAAAUUCGUUAGAAAAACGACCAAGUUUUGCCCAAAGUUCGCUGAAAGAAGCCUCAACCAUCUUCAACAUGUCACCACUGACAUCUUUAAGCAGCUAUACCUCCAAGUUUUUGACAAAACCGUUAAAGACAAAGCAAUGUAACAGUAAACAAAAGGAUGAUGUCACAAGUGCUGGUUACGGUAGUUUAAACAAGAGUUAUGAUAGCGUGUUUGAUGAUAUGGUCGGGAAGAGGUACGGCUGUAAAAAUGAUGACAAAGCUAAUGAUAGUGAUAAGAUUUUAAAUUCAAAUGAUGGUAUAGAUGUAGAAGAGACUUGUAGCAGUCAUAAUAGUCACGAUGACCUCAGUAGUAGUGCUUCUAAAGGCGUUAACGAUAGUCAAAACAAAAGUAAGGCUAAAGAUGACGUCAAUAACAAUAUAACCAAGUUUUCAAAGACCUUUUCCUCAAAUACCAUGGCGGAUUCAAUAGUAAAGCUGAAGAAUAAUGAAGCUACAGGUCUUACGAAGCUUCAGAAAAAAAUUGAGUCGUCAACCAACCGGCUGGCACGUCGCAAAUCCAGCUGUAAGUGUGGGGGCGACCGUCAAGAACAUCAGCGAUGGCGCAAGGAAAACUGUCGAUUUCUGGAGACUAAACCUGUCGAUAAUAAAAACAGUGCUGUUUCAAGAACAAAUAGUACUAUUGGUACUAUGAAAAUGAAUAUUGGUACAGAUGGAAGUUUAUCGACCAAGUUAUCGACUAAAAAAGAGGAAGUGGUCAGAUUACCUGUUAAAGAUCAGAAUUCUGCCAGUUUUUUGUCUAAAACUACAAGUUCCACGAACUUAUUGACCGGAAAUGGUAAUUGCAUAAAAGAUAUGAUAAGUGGUGAUAAGAUAGAUGCUAUGACGACUAGUAGUUGUAGUGAUAAGAGCUGUGAAAGUGAAAAGAAGGAAGAGAUAUUACCAGGUAUUGAGAUGGAUGUUGAUGACAUAGAAGAGGAGUUAAGGAUGCAAGAAGAGCACGAUGCUCAGGAAGAGGAACGGUAUGAAUAGGAAUGGCAGAAUGCGUUUAAAUUUAAAAAAAAAUAAAAAUUCUAGAUAUAAAAUAAAAAAACUGGCUUGAAAUAAAAAUAAAUAAAAAUUAAAAAAAAUUUUAAAAAAUUUUGAAAUUUUAAAAUUUGAUUAAAAUUUAAAAUUUGAACUAAUAUUUUGAUUUUUAGGCUCCGAUCAAGUUUGGUGCUACGUCAGAAGCCGGAGCUACGGGUCAAAGCCAUAAUUGGUAAGUGUGACAUUUUUUUAUGUGAAAGUUUCAAAAUGCCCUGCCCAGCCCUACUCUACCCUUGCCUGUGCCCUGCCUGUGCCUUGCCUGUGCCUUGCCUGUGCCUUGCCUGUGCCUUGCCUGUGCCUUGCCUGUGCCUUGCCUGUGCCUUGCCUGUGCCUUGCCUGUGCCUUGCCUGUGCCUUGCCUGUGCCUUGCCUGUGCCUUGCCUGUGCCUUGCCUGUGCCUUGCCUGUGCCUUGCCUGUGCCUUGCCUGUGCCUUGCCUGUGCCUUGCCUGUGCCUUGCCUGUGCCUUGCCUGUGCCUUGCCUGUGCCUUGCCUGUGCCUUGCCUGUGCCUUGCCUGUGCCUUGCCUGUGCCUUGCCUGUGCCUUGCCUGUGCCUUGCCUGUGCCUUGCCUGUGCCUUGCCUGUGCCUUGCCUGUGCCUUGCCUGUGCCUUGCCUGUGCCUUGCCUGUGCCUUGCCUGUGCCUUGCCUGUGCCUUGCCUGUGCCUUGCCUGUGCCUUGCCUGUGCCUUGCCUGUGCCUUGCCUGUGCCUUGCCUGUGCCUUGCCUGUGCCUUGCCUGUGCCUUGCCUGUGCCUUGCCUGUGCCUUGCCUGUGCCUUGCCUGUGCCUUGCCUGUGCCUUGCCUGUGCCUUGCCUGUGCCUUGCCUGUGCCUUGCCUGUGCCUUGCCUGUGCCUUGCCUGUGCCUUGCCUGUGCCCUGCCUAGCCCUACCCUUGCCUGUGCCUUGCCUGUGCCCUGCCUAGCCCUACCCUUGCCUGUGCCUUGCCUGUGUUUUGCCUGUGCCUUGCCUGUGCCUUGCCUGUGCCUUGCCUGUGCCUUGCCUGUGCCUUGCCUGUGCCUUGCCUGUGCCCUGCCUAGCCCUACCCUUGCCUGUGCCUUGCCUGUGCCCUGCCUAGCCCUACCCUUGCCUGUGCCUUGCCUGUGCCUUGCCUGUGCCUUGCCUGUGCCUUGCCUGUGCCUUGCCUGUGCCUUGCCUGUGCCUUGCCUGUGCCUUGCCUGUGCCUUGCCUGUGCCUUGCCUGUGCCUUGCCUGUGCCUUGCCUGUGCCUUGCCUGUGCCUUGCCUGUGCCUUGCCUGUGCCUUGCCUGUGCCUUGCCUGUGCCUUGCCUGUGCCUUGCCUGUGCCUUGCCUGUGCCUUGCCUGUGCCUUGCCUGUGCCUUGCCUGUGCCUUGCCUGUGCCUUGCCUGUGCCCUGCCUAGCCCUACCCUUGCCUGUGCCUUGCCUGUGCCCUGCCUAGCCCUACCCUUGCCUGUGCCUUGCCUGUGUUUUGCCUGUGCCUUGCCUGUGCCUUGCCUGUGCCUUGCCUGUGCCUUGCCUGUGCCUUGCCUGUGCCUUGCCUGUGCCUUGCCUGUGCCUUGCCUGUGCCUUGCCUGUGCCUUGCCUGUGCCUUGCCUGUGCCUUGCCUGUGCCUUGCCUGUGCCUUGCCUGUGCCUUGCCUGUGCCUUGCCUGUGCCUUGCCUGUGCCUUGCCUGUGCCUUGCCUGUGCCUUGCCUGUGCCCUGCCCUAGCCCUACCCUUGCCUGUGCCUUGCCUGUGCCCUGCCUAGCCCUACCCUUGCCUGUGCCUUGCCUGUGUUUUGCCUGUGCCUUGCCUGUGCCUUGCCUGUGCCUUGCCUGUGCCUUGCCUGUGCCUUGCCUGUGCCUUGCCUGUGCCUUGCCUGUGCCUUGCCUGUGCCUGUGCCUUGCUUUGCUUUGCCCCCUAAUACUCUUACUCUAUCUUACCUUACCCUACCCUACAUUAACCUUUCUUUUUUACCUCGACUUCUAUUAAUAUCAGCCCUGACCCAAAAAAUACCCUUCUAUUGACUACCCAAUAUCAAUACAAUCCCAUUUACAUUGUAAUAAUGUCUGAGAGAUAUCAAAAUUUGUUUUUCCCUGAGGCUUUCGAAUGUUUGUGGCGGGUAAAAUGGCCAGUAAUUAGUGGGCUUUGGCCAUAACAAUUUUGAAAUUUAUCAGGAUUUCAUAUUUUUUAAAAAGUUUACACGCAAUAUAUAGGUUCUUACAUUUACAUUUUUUACUUUACAUUUUGGGCUUGUAUAUAUAUAUAUAUAUUGUUAUGUAUAUAUACAUAUCAUUAAGCAGGGCAGGGAAAAUGGUUCUGACCUUUGGACAGGGCAGGGUAAAUAGUGCUAGUCUUUUUAGCAGAGCAGGGUAAAAGGUGCUCAUUUUUGGGCUAGGCAUGGUAAAUGGUGCUGACUUUUAGGCAGGGCAGGGUGAAUUGUUUUGUUUAAGGGGGUUGUUGGUAGGGUAGAUAAAAUUUGAAGGCAGUAUAGAAUUUGAAGGCAUGGUAAAAUUGAAAAGCAGGGUAAAAUUUGAAGGCAUGGUAAAAUUAAGGGCAUGGUAAAUAUUUAAAAACAAGGUAUAAUGUAUGAGCGGGGUAAAAUUUAAAGGCACGGUAAAAUGUAAGGGCAUGGUAAAGUUUGAAGGCAUGGUGAAAUUUGAAGGCAGGGUAACAUUUGAAGGAAGGGUGAAAUUAAGAGCAUGGUUAAAUUUAAAAAUAGGGAAAAAUUUGAAGGCAUGGCAAAAUUUGAGGGAGGGUAAAAUUUGAAGGCAGGGUAAAAUUUAAGGGCGGGGCAAAAUUUGAGGGCAGGUUAGAUUUUUUAGAGGGUAGGGUAGAGUUAAGAAAAAUACUAAAAAAAAGGUUGUCAAAAGACGUAUUUUGCAAAAAAAAAUUUUUCAGAAAAGUUGUUGUACAUGUCGGGUAGAGAUCAACGUCGAGCGUUGUUCUCCUUGAAGCAGAUCUUCCAAGACGAUAAGGAUUUGGUUCAUGAGUUUGUACAGAAUGAAGGCUUGGAUUGUCUUAUUAAAUUGGGUAGGGAAUCGGACCAAACUCAUCAGAACCAUAUUUUACGGGGUAAGUUAUAUUGUUUUAGGCCGUUUUUCAAGGUUUUUGUCUUGUUUUAGGUCUUUUUUGAUGUUUUUUCUGCUAGUUUUGGUAGUUUUUGAGCUUUUAGGACGAUUUAUUAUAAUAUUUUUUAUUAUUUUAGGUAAUUUAUGAUUAUUUUCUUAUUAUUUCCAGCAAGAUAUGACGGUUUUUAUAUAGUUUUAGGCAGUUUUUCAGCGAUUUCGUUUGGUUUCAGGCCAUUUUUGAUGGUUUUUCUAUUAAUUUAGGUAACUUUUAAGCUUUUGAAAGAUUUACUAUGUCAUUUUUUAUUACUUUAGGUAAUUUCUGAGCAUUAUCUUAUUGUUUUCAGCAAGUUCUGUCCGUUUUUAUAUUGUUUUAGGUCAUUUUUCAAGGUUUUUGUCUUGUUUUAAGUCUGUUUAAUAUUACCUUAAGCCGAUUUUAAUUUUCUUUCAUCUAAAAAUGAAAUUCAAACUUAUUUUUUCCAUUUUCAGCCCUAGGCCAGCUAAUGUUGUACGUCGAUGGCAUGAACGGUAUCAUCGCUCACAGUGGCACGAUAUGUUGGCUAUAUGAGCUGCUGGAGUCUCCGGUGAGUAAUUUAAUCAUAGUUUAUGAAAAUUUUUUUUAAAUUUUGAUUUUUUUGGCUUAAGAUUGGUUUUAAAGACUGCACGGUGCAGUUUUUUCAAUUUUAUGGUUGCACCGUGCAAUCGGUAAAUUAAUUUUUUUAAUUUUAAAGCGGGUUUUAAAUGUUUUGGUAUUGAAAUCGAUGUAGAAUAAGACUAUUUGAAAUGCUUUUUUACUUUUUUUUAAAAUUUUUGGUCCAAACGUUCUAGGACACCCUGCACGGUACAUUUUACAAAACUCGAUUGCACCGUGCAGUCAAAAAAUCCGAUUUCAAAGCUUUCUGUGUCAUUUUUUAACCGCUGUAGCUUUAAAAAUCAGUUUGUUUUCUAAAUAUAUGUUAAAAAUACCACUGUAAUUGUAUAUAUGUCUGUUUCAUGUCUGUUCGUAUUUUAGUUGUAUAACGAGGAGGAGUAUAAGGAAAUGACCCAGCAUCGGCAAGAAUGGGUAAUAUCGUGUGUGAUAUGCCUCUGAAUUUCUUGUCAAAUUAACAAAGAGUGUAUUUGUCGUGUGUAAUGUGUGAUUUGUUACCUAAAUUUUCCGUUUUAACAAUAUUUGUGGCCACAAAUGGCAGUUUUUGCUCGAUUUUUGGACUUUCAAGGCAAUUUUUUAGUUGAUGCAAAAAGAAUGGCGCGUCUAAUUUUUUGUGAUAGCUAGUACUGAAUGUGUGUUACCUAGAAAAAUGGUUUUAGCACUAUUUUGUUACCUAAAGUAUAGCUUUUUCUUCAUUUUUGGACAAAAAAGUGCCAUUUUUCGGAUGAAAAGCUUAUUUUCUGAUUGAUGCAAAAAGAAUGGCGCGUUGAAAUUUUUGCAAUAGUUAAUACAAAGUGUGGUGUUUACUUACCGGUUAAAAAGUUUGUAGAAUUUGCUUCUAUUAGAAAGUUAUUACCUAUUUUUAACAUUAAUUAACGGUCGCGUCAGAAAGAAUUGACCGAUUUCAGUGCAAAUUACAUAAGAAAUCACCCAAUUCUUUUUGACGCGACUAUUUUUCUUUAAAAAAAUUAAAAAAAGUUUUAAAAAUGCACUUUUGUAGUAUCGACUGGUCGUAAAAACAGCUCUAAAGCUUCUACUAGUCUUUGUCGAGUACACCGAGUCCAAUGCCUUGUUGUUGAUGUCAGCGUUGAGCAAGGUGGAGAAGGCCAAAGGCAAGCCGGAGUGGUCAUCACUGAUGAAGAUUCUGUGUGAUAAGAAGGCUAGCGACGUGGAAACUCAGAUUUUGGGCAUGACAGUGGUUAACAAGACCUUGAAUGGCAUUCCUGAUCAGGUAGGGGUGGUUUUUGAAAUUUUGAAAAAUUUUUUUUUUGAAAAUUUAAAAUUUUGAAAAAAAAUUUUAAAAUUUGCUAUUUCCAGGACACCUUCUUUGACGUUGUCGAUUGUCUGGAGAACCUGGGGUUAGAAGAAGCUUUAAAGCAAAUGUACAGUCUAAAAGACCCUCAGCUAACUCAGCAAUGUCAACAUUACGAACAUGAGGUCAGGAAGGAGGAUGCGGCCGUUCAGAGUGAUGACAGUGAUCCUCAACUUAUUAGAAUGAGGUAUGUUACUCCUACUACUUACUAUUUUUUACUACCCUCUACUAUCCCUCUAAUACUCCCUACUACACCUUACUACACCCUACUACCUUACUAGCUCCUACUCCUCUCUACUACUUCCUAUUAGUCCUACUACCUCUUACUACCCCCGACUACCCCUACUACCCCCUAUCCUUCUGCUUCAAACAAGUUCUACCCUACCCUUCCCCCCCCCCUCUCUUCUCUCGCCCCCUACCAAGUACAUGUAUAACAUCCUAUAUCUUUCAGAAAUGGCACAUCAGUCAUAAACUCCCAGCCAAGCACGGCGGCUGCCCAUACGAUACAACGUGCCGCCGAGAAUAAUGUUAAUAAUGUACAGAAUGGCAACAACAAUGAUCGUCGCUCAAUGAUGCGGCGAAGGCAACAAGAAGCCGAGGAGUUGCGGCAACAACAGCAACUUGAGAAGAAAAACAGUUUCGAAAGGAACUCGGAUGAUGGCUACAGUAAUGGGAACAGUGUUAAUGGUAGUACGGUAAGUGAUAGGGCGGGUAGAGUAGGGUCGGUUUAAAGUAGGAUAUGGCAGAGUUGGAUUAGUAAGGAUAGAGUAGCAUAGUAUAGGGUGCGAUUGGGUAGGGCAAAACACGCUAGGGCAGGGUAGGUAUGUUGAGCAGGGUAGUUUACGGUAGGAUAUUGUAAUGACAGGCGGUAUACUGUAGAUUCCGGUAGUUUAAUGUAGUUUACUGUAGAGUAAUUAAGAUAGAAUAUUGGUGGGUUAAAAUAGCGUAACUAUUGUAGGUUGAGGAUGAGCUGGAUACUGUAUGAGCAAGUUACGGUAGGGUUGGGCACGAUACUAUAUAGGUUAUAGGUACGAUAAGGUCUUUUACGAUAAAGCCAGGGUACUGUAAAGUAAGCCUAAAACAGCCCGGAGUACUGUAGGAUGACGCACGGUAGUUAAGAUUGGGGUACUGUAGAUAGGAUUUUAAAUACUGUAGUUAGGUACCGUAUGAUAGAAUACUGUAGGGUAGGGUAGGGUAGGGUAGGGUAGGGUAAGGUAUGGUAGGGUAGAGUAGGGUAGGGUAGGGUAGGGUAGGGUAGAGUAGGGUAGGGUAGGGUAGGGUAGGGUAGGGUAGGGUAGGGUAGGGCAGGGUAGAGUACUGUAACGACUACAAUAACAUAUUAUUUAUGAAAAAUAAUGUCUAAAACACCCCCUAAACUCAAUUUUUUCAGUACGUCCAACCACCCCCACCACCGCCAUGGCGUGCCAACGAACAGAACGGCCUCGAACCCAACAACAACAACACCUACCUUCAGAAGGACUAUGAAGAAGAACAACGAAUCCAAACCACCCCCGCAUCCCCCCACCACCCCCUCUACCCUCCACCAUGA